AGUCCAACAGUACGUGCAUGUGCGUCUGCGUACAUAGGCACCGUGGCCGUAGAAGCAUCUGUUCUGCUCCUGUCUACCUUUAAAACCGUGAAUUUCCAUAUCCACUGCAACCAUGCAUUCGGAAUCAGGCUUCCUCCGUCUAUUCGGUAGACUGCUUAACAUGCACAACGACGAUCCGGCUCGAUUUGAGCUCUUCAAAAAGAAUAUUCAGCAAAUCAUCAAGUGUGUGAAUGCCUUGGAAGAGACAGCUGACAUGAUCGAGGAUCCCGAAGAACUAUAUAUGUUUUUAGUUCGCUCGGAAAUCGGCUGUUCUGGUGUUUCCAAGUCCCCGGAUGAGUGCGAUGGGGGGAAUGGACAGGAUCAUCAGCCGAGAACGCCUCCGGCCUCUAUUACGAGAACGCAGAAGAGCGAUGCAGCAACGCAAACACAACGUCGGAGGGUCACAUUCUCCUCGGAACUCGCCGAUGAACUUCGGAUCACUACCAGGAGGCCUUUGCAAAUCCAGAAAACCGUGAGAUCAAUAAUUCUUGCCAUUUUUUAUCUAUAG